AUGUCGAGCCUCUACACCGCGCUGCGCGUCUCACCCAAGAAGAAGCGUGCAUAUGCCGAGGACGAUGACGACCUCCUUACUCCCAAGAAGCUACGCACUGCUCCCCCGACGCCCCCUGCUACAUUGACGCGUCGGAAGGUCAAGCCGGAUGAGGUCCCCCUACCACCACACCUGUCGCGUCUGUUCAACAUCCAGACCGCGCUGCAGCAGGCCCUGGCGCAUGCUCUCGCGACGUGCGCCGUCGCGCCUUCCGAGGACACGGGUAUCGUCCGGAACGUGCUGAACCAUCUCUCGCUUGCCACAUACCAUGGUCUUACCACGAAGUUCGAGGUCAAUGAUCUUCGGAGGCUUUGCUGGCUGUGGGAGUGGGACGGCAAGACGUUGCCUUACCCUCUCGCUCUGUCUUCCCCCACCAGGUCGCCAUCCAAGAGCACGGUGCGCGAGGACAGUCCGGACGAUAACCCAUUUCUCGAGAAUCGGCCCGUCGCGUCAUCUUCCAAGGACUGGACCCGAGGUGGAAUGGGCUUCGUCGUGAGUCAGACAAGACAUUUCUCAAAAGCCUCGAACGCGAGAGUCGCAGCCUACGGCAUUGGCAUCGAGGUAGAGAUGGACAUUGAUAAGGGUAUGAGCGGUGGGAUGGCUGCUGUCGCUCGGUGGACAGCAGCAAGCGAGUCAAGACGGAAGGACGUACGUACGAAGCUCGGACAAUGGGUAGAGCUACACACUGGCAAGAUCACUGUUCCUCAGCUCCCUACAGCGAACUUGCCGUCUCUUCCCAGCACAUCCAAGCCUUCCUCUCUCACUCGCCUUCUCGCCGCUUCCUCUCCUAAGUCGCCUUCCUCGGCCUCUAUCCUGGCGAGAUCGUCAUCACCUACACCUUCGUCUCCGUCCAAGUCUCCAUCCAAGCUCCCACUUUGGUCUCCGUCCAAAAGGCCACAUGAGUUUGCCGUACCAUUCCCGAUCACGCCCUCCAGCAAAGCGGGCACACCAGCGAAGAAUACCAUUUUCUUCCCGAAGACCCCUUCCACGCGUGGACGCUCAGACUCGAUCACUAGCCUGCUCACACCCACAAGCUCUCGAUCGCCUUCCCGAACGAGCUUCAUGACCCCCAGUAGUUCUCGGACUCCUUCGCUAUCCGGGCGGAGCACGCCCACGGCAAGCGAGUCCGGCUCGGUGCCUUCCACACCAACUCACCAGCGUGGAGCGAACGCAGCGACUGUUCCGCAGACGCCAACGAGCUCUCGGCGGCAGGCACUGUAUGACCGCGUCCGGCAGCGCUCUCUCACAGCAUCUCCUACGAAAGGCAUGCUCGGUAGCAAUGCUGGGGCGAGCAUGAGCAGGGAUCAGCUGAACAAGCUGAGUCAGGACGAGGUGCGCCGACGGUGUAUACUUGGACGGCUAGGGGGUGUCGCAGAGAGCGUAUGGAUGUUCUUCUCGAACCCGGGCGGAUCGACGUCUGCACCCACCGUACGCAAGCGCCGUAUGAUGCCUGCUCCCGAGGUAGCAACUGCUGUGAUCAAGUCUUCGCCUGUCCCAAUCUCGUCCGCAGAGGCACAGGAGUCGCUGGACCUCCUGACAAAGCUCUGUCCAUUCUUCCUUCGCCCACUCGACGUCGAUGGCGAGGAAUGGCUCGAGAUGCCUGCGCCAAGCACGAGCGCGGAGGCUGAGAUUGGAUCCAAGGCGAUCACGAGCAGUCCAAGCAAGGUUCCUACUAGUCCCGGGAGGAUCAAAGGCAAGGAUGAGAGCGCUGAGGAGCUGAGAACGAGAAGCCCGAGGAGAGUAAAGCGGGAAGGUGCCGGCCUCCGGGAAGUCCGAGAGAGGAUCCGGAAAGAACUCGAGAUGAACGAUUGAGGAUCUAUUUUUGCGCUAUCUAAUGACCCGGAACGUUCAUUUGUCACUCGAUUUGUACGAGAAAUGUCCUUUUGUUUGCCUGACUGCUCCACAGGCUGUCUUGUUGCACUAGUACUACUGGACCCUAGUCAUGAUUUGUCCACG